AUGAGAUAUCUCUGCGUUAUCCUUUUCCUGGCCAUGGUCGGUGUGGUGCGGAUCGGUGAGUCCGAGGCCGCUUCCACCUCCGCCGCCACCACCUCCACGGCCACCACCACAACGGCCGCCACAACGACGACUACGACCACCACAACCACCACCACGGCGGCCAGCUCCAGUGCCACCACCACCGAGUCAUCCACCAAGAAGAAAAAAAGGCGUAUCAUUCACCACCACAAUAAAAUACAUACAUCCCCCCAUGUGAUCGUAACCCGUCAUCAUAGAGGUGGCGAUGACUCCGAUGACGAUAGCGACAAGUCCACCCGAAGGAACCGAAGGCGCAGGAGGAACUCCAGCACUAGCUCCAGUUCCAGCUAUGGUUCGAGAUCUAGGAGGUCCAGGAACAACAGGAGGUCCAGGAACCUGCGUCGUCGCGAACGCCGUCUCUAG